GGUUCAGAUUUUUGGGUAUAGAAGAAGGGCCCAAAAUUAAGGUUUGCAGUCCACAUGAACGAACAGGACACGAGUGAAAUGGUGUGCAGCCGACGUCGAGGGUUUCUCGAAGGGUUUUGCUUCUGCGAUCUGAUAUCGGAUCAGUCCAGGUGAAGGUGAAGAAUCUUUGGAGAAUUCUUCAAGUUUCCAUCAAAAUUGUCCGCCAUGAGAAGAGCUUCGUCCAAGCUUGUCGGAUUCGGAGCCAAAUCCCUAGUGCCUCUCCUUUCAGGAAACUCUACCACCGCCACCGCGGCGGCGAAGCUCAACGCUCGAUUUUUGCUCUUCUCGGAUCUCAAAUCCGGUGGAUUUCAGGCGCAGUCGCAGAGUUUGAACACGCUCGCACAAAACGCACCGCAGGUAUCGUCGAGGCAGAGGAGAAUAAAGGAGAAAUCCGUUCUGGAGGAGGCCUUUGAGUCGGCGGAGUCAGUCGAGGAAAUGGUGAGGGCAUUUAAGGAGAUGGAAACGGCGAGCUUUGAGGAGAAGGAUUUGGCCAUGGCGUGCCUGAAAAUCGGCCUCAAACUCGACCAACAAGGCGACGACUCUGAAAAGGCUGCGUCGUAUGCGCAGAGAGCUUUGGCAAGCUUCGACGAGGACGACGUCAAUGGCAGAUUCCGUUUGCCUCUUGCAAUGACAUUACAGCUUUUAGGAUCUUCAUCUUUCAAGCUAAACAGAUUCAACGACAGUUUAGGUUAUCUGAAUCGAGCCAAUCGUGUGUUGAACACAUUAGGUAGCAAAUUCGAUAACGAUCAUGUCCUGGCUAUAACUCAUGCCGUCCAAUCGGAGCUUUUCAAUGUUAAGACCGCCAUGGGAAGGCGGGAAGAAGCUCUGUCCCAUCUUCUGCAGGCAUUGGAGAUCAAAGAAAGGAGCUUUGAGGAGAACAGCAAGGAGCUCGGCAAGGCGAAUCGCGACGUCGCGGAGGCCUACGUCGCCGUAUUGAACUUCAAACAAGCGCUGCCGUAUUGCUCAAAGGCUUUGUCGAUACACAUUUCGUGUUUAGGCCAUAAUUCCGUCGAGGUCGCAUACGAUCGGCGACUUCUCGGCUUAAUCUACACGGGAUUGGACGAGCACGAAAAGGCGUUGGAGCAGAACCAUCUCUCGCAGAAGGUGUUAAAGAGCUGGGGCCGAAGCUCCGACCUCCUCCGCGCAGAAAUCGACGCUGCCAACAUGAAGAUCGCCCUCGGAAAAUACGACGCUGCCAUCGCCACAUUGAAAGGCGUCGUCGAGCAAACGGAGAAUGAGAGCGACGAUCGAGCAUUAGUCUUAAUCUCCAUGGCGAAAGCGUUGUUCAAUCAGGACAAAUUCGCCGACGCAAAGCGAUGUUUACAGAUCGCGACGUCGAUUUUCGACCGAAUAAGCUCCUGUUCCCCGGCAGCCGCCGCCGAAUCGUUUACAGAAAUAUCGACGCAAUACGAGGCGAUGAACGAGUUCGAUACGGCGAUAUCGUUGCUAAAACGAGCGUUAACGAUAUUCGAAAGAUUGAGUUCCGAGCAGCAUUCGGUCGGGAGCGUUUCGGCGAGGAUCGGGUGGCUGCUGCUGCUGACGGGGAAAGUCGAAAAUGCAAUCCCGUAUUUGGAAGACGCGGCGGAACGGCUUAAGGAGAGUUUCGGCGCGAAGCAUUACGGCAUCGGCUACGUGUACAACAAUUUGGGCGCGGCGUACAUGGAGUUGGACCGGCCGCAAUCGGCGGCGCAGGCGUUUGCGUACGCGAAGGAUGUUAUGGACGUUUCACUCGGUCCGCACCAUACGGACUCGAUCGAGGCAUGCCGGAAUCUUUCGAAGGCUUAUGCAGCGAUCGGGAGCUAUCCGCUGGCGAUUAAUUUUCAGGAGAAGGCCGUGGAAGCGCUCGAGGGACACGGCCGGAGCGCCGAGGAUGAAGCGAGGGAAGCGAUUCGAGUGCUCGAGGAGUUGAAGGAGAAGGCGAGCCGUUGCGUUUCCGAAGCUCUGCUCGACGCGUUGCCGCCGCCGCGAGAUGGUGACGGCGAUGGCGGGAGUUUCUCCGGCGGUGGCGGGAAAGAGAAUGGCGUUGGUGGUCGAUGAAGGUAAGGAAGAGUAUGUUUUUUUUAGAGUGUGUAAGUUUCUAUAGAAGAUAAAUUGUUAGGAUGUGUUUUUUUUUUAUUGUUUUAUCACAGGGCUUUUGCUAUUAACACUAUAUUUUUUAAAAAAAAUAUUAAAUUAAAUGAUUAUUUUUUUAUAUUUGCAUUCAAAACAUUACAUCAAGUUUAUAUUACAUCAAAUAACUUAAUAUUUAAUUUUUUACUAUUCAAAAAUUCAAAAUCCAAAAAAAACCUACCCUUAGUACUCCCUCCAUCCCAACUCUAAGUAUCUUUUCUAUUAUUUUCUCUUGUCUUAUAUUACAUCAAAUAACUUUAUAUUUAGGGUGUGUUUGUUUGGGAGUUUGGAUUUUGAGUUGGAAUUUGAAUAGCAAAAAUUUUGAAUUUGAAUAGUUGUAUGAUGUGAUAUAAAUAGGUGAUGAUGUGAUGUUUUGAAUGUAAAAUUGAUUUUUAGUAUAAUAUAAAAAAUGAAAAAUAGGUGUUUGAUUUGAUGUUUUUGGGGGGAAAAAAUUGGAUGAAUAGUAGAAUUUUGUUAGAAUUCUACAAACGAACACACCCUUAAAGUAUUUUUUUCAUAUUUUAGUAAAAAUAAUUAUACACCAAUAUCAAAAUAUAUUUAAUUUUUACAUAAAGGUCAAUAGGCAAAAAUAUCAAAAUUUUAUACACAUUUCCAUUAAUUACAAAUAUACUAUUACAUAUACAAUUAUUUUUUACAUAAAAGUUAAUGGGCAAAAAUGUCAAAAUAUUUUACACACUUGCACUAAUUAAUAAAAUUUUAUUAUUUCUUAAUCUAUUACAAAAUCACAAAGAACUCCCUUAGACUGCAGGGAAGGGACUAUUUUAUUUAAAUUUAUACUU